UCCAGUGUUUACGGUAAUUGCGUAGCUCAAUAUGCCGGACGCUUCCUGUUUAUUUUGGGUUUGACUGCAGCUUUCCUCAUUUCAGUAAAUUAUUCCCAGCAUUUAUAAUUCUAUAAAUCAAGAUGUCAGUCAUCGCCUUACGCCUCAUUCCAUGUCGGAGGCUGAGCUCCACAGGUCCAGGCCUGAAGAAAGUCAUCCCAUGGAAAGUCUUUGGUAAAAUUGCUAAACUAACUGGUGCUAUUGUACUGGGCGGCUGCGUUUUCAUCACGUACGAGGUUGUCACGUUAAACCAGGCGGUCACCAUCGACACUCAGGCGAUUCUCCAAGAAAAACAGAAGUCUUAUAUCUACCUAACCCCCAUCACUAAGGUAGAACAGGAGAACCUUGGCACCAAUCUUACUUAUAAAGCAAGGAAGGAGCUUCAUAUAGCGGCCAGAAAACUGAUUGAAAUUUCAUCACGAGUCCUUCACCGUCCCCUGGAUGAGCGCCUAAGCCAUCUGGAUGCAGAUCCUCAUGAGUUGGAUCUGUGGAUGUUGCUAAAGAAAACCGGAUCCACCAGUCGGCAGGAGCGCCUGCAGGCCGUACACAACCUGGCACACAGACCCUGGCAGGAUUACCAGUACCAGACAGCGGCUCAGUCUAUAGACCAGCGCACAGCUAUAGGUCUGGCUCGGACUCCGAACGUAGACCUGCGUUUCUUUCUUUCUCCACCCACUCUGCCUAAACUGGAAGAUGAGUUUUUCAUCGAGGACGGUUUGAGGCAGCUCCUGGCCUCUCUGCCCCAGUCGGAGGUGGAUCAGUGUGUGCAGUACUUCACCUCACUGGCGCUGAGAGAGAGCACUCAGUCUCUCGCUUCUCAACGGGGAGGAUUGUGGUGUUUCGGGGGAAAUGGACUGCCUUAUGCUCAGAGCCUCACCUCCAUCCCCUCUGAGAAGGUGGAGUCUUUCUGCCUGCAGGCCCUCGUACAGCACUCAAAGGUCCUGAGUCACUGUGAUCACAUUGUUUCCAACGGAGGACUGCAGCUCCUACAGAGAAUCUACCAGCUUCGACGGGAUUCACAGAAGAUUCAGCGUAAUGUUGUGCGCAUCAUCGGGAACCUGGCACUGAACGAAGCCUUACACACAGACAUCAUGCAGUCAGGUUGGUUGCCCGUCCUGGCUGAGAUGGCGCGGUCUCCUCACAUCAUGCAGGCGUCUCACGCCGCUCGCGCUUUAGCCAACCUGGACCGAGACGCAGAGGAGCAGAAAUACCAGGACGGUAUUUAUGUGUUACAUCCUCAGUGUCGCACCAGCCAGCCCAUAAAGGCGGACGUUCUGUUCGUGCACGGCCUUCUGGGAGCCGCUUUCAAAACGUGGCGGCAGAAAGACUGCGAUCUGACAGAAGUGCAGAAAUCAGCCGGAAUAUCAGAGGAUUACACCGAGUGCUGGCCGAAGUCGUGGUUAGCGGCAGACUGUCCCAACCUCAGGGUCCUGUCCGUGGAUUAUGACACGCAUCUGAGUGACUGGAGGGCCAAGUGUCCUGCUGAAAACCAGAGGAAGUCUUUAGCAUAUCGCAGUGAAGAGCUGCUGAAGAAGCUAAAAGUGGCAGGAGUAGGCGAGCGGCCUGUGGUCUGGGUGGCACACAGUAUGGGAGGCUUGCUGGUGAAAAAGAUGCUCUUAGACGCCUCGAAGGAUCCUGAGCUGAGCUCUUUGGUCAAGAACACCAAGGGCGUUCUGUUCUACAGCGUCCCUCACCGCGGCACCUUCAUGGCUGAGUACUCGGUAAACGUGCGCUAUCUCCUGUUUCCCUCCAUAGAAGUCAAAGAGCUCUGCAAAGACUCUCCAGCCUUACGAGAACUGAACGCAAAUUUCCUCAACAUCGCAAAAGACAUAGAGUUUAAGGUCCUGAGCUUCGCUGAAACUCUGCCUACGGCUGUCGGUCCCAUGAUAAAUAUAUCAGUGGUUCCUGCUGAGUCAGCAGAUCUGGGUCUCGGAGAUCUGAUAGAAGUUCCCGUCGAUCAUCUGAACAUCUGCAAGCCCGAGAAGAAGGACACGUUUCUCUACAGACGAAGCUUGCAGUUUAUUCAGGACGCUCUCGGAGGAGAGAUAAUCGACUGAAUGUUUGUUGUUUUUUGGGGCAUCUUCGGGAUUUUUCUUCACAGGAAGUCAGAAGAGAAUGCAACACGGGAAUCUACAUAAAUAUUAAAAUAAAAAUAAUAAUAAUAAUAAUAAUAAUAAUAAUAAUAAUAAUAAUACAGUGUCUAAACUCUUCACCUACUGAUAACUGCGUCCUGUGUCGGUUAUUUUUUAUUUUUCUCUAGUUUAUUUGGAAAACUCUAGAGACUUUCUGCCACUACCUCAAACAUCCCGACGGAUUUUAAUUUACAAACAGUAUUUUUGUAUAAACGAUUAGAGUAUGAGUUCUCGCUGAGAAGGAUUUAAAGGUUCAAUUUUUGCCAAAAUGUUACGCCAGCACUUAAGCACAAGUACAAUAAAGUGGCUGUGUUUCAUCUGAAGCUGAGUUUUUGUGUACAGUAUGUGAUGAUUUUUAUGAGAAUGAGAGCAGCAGGGUAAAAGAUUCAAAGAUAACGGUGUGAGUUCGUUACACGAUGUCUGUCACACACAUGCUUACACCUAGGAGUAAUGUAGAGUACUUCAGCUCACCUCCAUUGUGUAGAUGGAUGGGUUAGAUAAAUGGAUGAAACAGAAGCAAUGAAUAGAUGAGUUGAUGGAUAGAUGAGUGAUUUGGGUGGAAUGGUGGAAGAUUGACUGAAUACAUGGAUGGAUUUUUUUUUUGUUGUUUUUACAGAGACUUUUUAAACAUUCUGUCAUUGGUCUGCAGAUAAAAUAUAGCCUUUUUGGGCCAUGUUUAUUAAUGUGGAUCGCAUCUGUGAGGAAAAAUAAACUAGAUUACAUGGACUGAAUGGAUGUGAGAGAUUACCAUAUGGAAGGGAUGGAUGGAAUUGAUAAAUGAAUGAAUACAUGAUGGAUAGAUGGAUGGAUUGGUGGAUGAAUAGAUUGGACUGAAUGGAAUGAAUACUUGAAUGGAUGGUGUAAGAAAUAAAAAAUG